AUGAAAGUUGCUAAUUUGCUAGUAGCUUUUGCUCUCUUGGCUCUGGCUUCCUCAUUUGUCACUGCCUAUGACCCCAGCCCCCUCCAAGACUUUUGUGUAGGAAUACAUGAUGCUGAUGCUGCUGUGCUUGUUAAUGGAAAAUUCUGCAAGAAUCCAAGCUUUGCCACCAUUGAUGAUUUCACGUAUUCGGGGUUUGAUGUUCGUGGAAACACCUCAAAUCAACUUAGAGCACAUGUUAAUCUCAUUACGGCUGAUCUAAUGCCAGGCCUUAACACUCUUGGCGUAUCUUUGGCACGUAUAGAUUUUGAACCAAAUGGCGGUCUAAACCCUCCACACUAUCACCCUAGAGGAUCAGAGGUUCUCUUGGUUUUGGAGGGCACUCUUUAUGCUGGUUUUGUCACAUCAAACCCUGAUCAUCGCCUCUUCGCCAAGAUUUUAAAAGCAGGAGACUUCAUUGCAUUUCCAUUUGGCCUCGUUCACUUUCAAAUGAAUGUCGGAAAAACUCCUGCAGUUGCUAUUGCUGCAUUAACAAGCCAAAAUCCAGGAGUAAAUACUGUAGCAAAUGCAAUCUUUGGAGCCAACUGGCCUAUUAAUCCUGAAGUUCUCACUACAGCGUUCCAUUUGGAUAAAAACCUUGUGGAGGAUCUUCAGACUCAAAACUGGGUGAACCCUUCAUAA